AGGCAGCCAAAACAAAAAACAAAAAAAAAGGUUCCCGUUCAUUCCUUUGCAUCUUACAUUGCGUAUGGAUUAACGUUACCGUUCCAUGGUUUCAUGACGCGGCAACUGGAUGACUUACGAUAUUGUGCGGCAUCGAGUGAUACGUAACCCGUGGUGAUGUGUUGAAGUUUUGUUUUUAGAAAAGUGAAACAAAAAAUUUAAGGAAAAACGAGCAUCGUUCGUCUGUUUUGCUCCAUUUUCCAAAAGGAUUCAGGGCACAUUUUGUGUCUUUCCUUUUCUUCUUACCCAACUGAGAGUGUGACAAAUCGUACCGACGGAUAAUACCGACCUUAGCGUGGUACGCAAAAGCGCCCGUUGCGAUAUAAUUCUGCUGGAUGGUUUGCUUUACGCAAGUGCACGCCGGGAAUGGAUCACUGUAAAGCCGGAUGUAACCGAUGACGGUACAAGAAGGUUACAAACCAACCAAAAAGCCUGUGCAUGCGGCUUCCGUGGGUGUAUGUGAGCAAAACAAAUGACCUCUUGAGAUGUGAAACGAAUGUACGGAAUGCUUUGUGGAGUGAAAAGAAAGCACCCAAAGCCAAACGAACUAAAGCAACUCUCAACUUCAGUAUUGCAGCAUGCGUUACAGUGUCGAGUACAGUAGGUACGCCUCUGUACAGCUCAAAAUACAAACCACACACAUACACACGCAUUCGCACCAUUCCGGCAAAGCCUCGGGAUAUUCGGUCUGUGUGAGAUUACUGUAAAAAAAAAAACGAGCAAGCUUCCGGCGGCCCCGAACGGGUGGUGAAACCAUUUAUCACUGGAACGACACCGGAACGUGGCAUCUUGGUGACGCGACAAUCAGGCGCGUACUUGGGGCCAGCUUACCAAACCACAAGCAAAUGUACAUAAAAACACACGCACACACACAUCAUGUUGGAGUAUAUGUAUAAAGCAAACACUGGAACCGAAAGCGGAUUAUCGGUCCAAAAAUCCAACCGAAUAAUUGCACCGCACCGAGCGUGUGUAGCUUUUUGGGGCUGGAAAGAAAAUCCAACCACCGAUCAAAAAAAAAAAGGAGGGGAACGCCGUCAUUGUAGGAACAAUGGGUAUAUGGGUGGAAUUUUCACCGGUGCCCUGGUGGGACGAUGAUAAGAGCGCAUAUUAUCAACCACCUUUUUCAUCUGCAUCAUCCCUUUUUUACUCCAAAUUCCCAACUUCCCCCACCGGUGGAAAGUUGUUCAAUUAUAACUGCAUUAGCGUACCAUAAUACCGGCGUGUUUGAGUAAGAUCCUCGCAAUUUUACCACUUUGCAUAAGUUUUCCACCGUUAUCAAGCCUCCCACCCUCCCACCUCAGCUACACACACCGGAAACGCAUCCACCGAACGAAACUAUGCCCAGAUGCUGUGAGUGUGUAUGUGUGCUUUUUGAAGGAAGGAUAGCGAUUCUUUGCAUACCAAAACCACACUCAAUAAUCCUUCGUAUAGGAGGACACAUUUUGGUAGUGGAAGUAAAAGUGGAAAGCUCACAACACUAGCGGAACUCCUUCCGGAACCGGAUGCUUCGCAGACAGCGUUUGUCGAAGUUUGUGCCCUUGUGACGGGAAAUUCCAUAUAAAAAAUGUGUAUAUGUGUGUGAGUUUGUGCCUUUCAUAUGUAUAUAUAAGUGUGAGUGUUAGUGUGCUGAUGUUCAUUUCCUUUCCAUUUUAGAUACCAUUAAAAACUGGAGUAUAAUUGAAUUUGAUAAUUUGCCUUUCGUUAUCGCUAGCAAAUUAUUCAACGGUGAAGCUUUUUGCGCGCGUGCUUUUCAGUGUGUUUGUGACAGUAAUUGAAAAGCAGUUACAAAAAAUAGAAAAUAAUAAAAGAAGUUAAAACAAAACCACAAAAAAUUCAGUAUUGGAGAAUAGUGAUAGAGGUGCAUCUAUCCGUACGGUUCAACCAAUAGUGCAACAGUGGGCAAACCAUGUGCAUUGAGUACGAUUUGUGGUUUUGACUAGUGAUACUGCAACUGAUCGGCGUUAUGGUGGAUCCACUGAAAAUAUUCUGGGUACUGACAAACAGCACUUAUUUAGUUACUAAAUUCAUCAAAACAGGUAUUGCCGACAAGAACGACUACCCGCUCUAUUUCGAGAAGGUUAUCUAUGAGGCGGACAUCGACGAAAAUGUGGAGCUCAAUCACAACUUUCUUAACGUCACCGCAAAGACACACGGUGAGGCGGCCGGUGUACGAUACAAGAUCUCGAGCGGUAACAUAGGCAAUGUGUUUGCGAUACGCAACACAACUGGCGCUUUGUACGUAGCUAAAGCGUUGGAUUAUGAGAAGAUCAAAAAGUAUGAGCUACGGUUGACGGCAUCGGAUAAUUUUAAGGAGAACUACACCACCGUUCUGAUCAACGUACGAGAUGUAAACGACAAUCCGCCAGUGUUUGAGAAAUCGUCAUAUCGCACACAAAUCACUGAGGAGGAUGAUCGAGGGCUGCCGAAACGUGUGCUGCGGGUCACCGCCUCCGAUGCCGAUGUGGAACGGCCGAACAACAUCAUCUACUUCCUGACCGGGCCCGGUAUUGACAUCGAAAAUCCCUCCGACAGCAACUUUGACAUCAACAAGGCCACCGGGGAGAUAUUUGUGCUGAAGCCUCUCAACCGAGAUCCACCCCAUGGACGGGCGUCAUGGAAGUUCACUGUCUUCGCCCAGGACGAAGGUGGUGAGGGAUUGGUUGGGUUCACCGAAGUGCAGAUCAACCUGAAGGAUGUUAAUGACAAUGCGCCACAGUUUCCCAAUGGUAUCGCGUACGGUAAUGUGACCGAAAAUGGUACCAUCGGUAUGCACGUGAUGACUAUAAAGGCCGAAGACUACGACGAUGUGAACGAGGGCACUAACGCGAAGGUGAUCUAUUCGAUCGAGAAAAACGCUAUCGAGGAAGAUACGGGUUUGCCGAUCUUUGACAUUAAUCCCGAUACCGGGCUCAUCACGACGGCCGUAUGCUGUCUCGAUCGGGAGAAAACACCCGAUUACUCGCUGCAAAUUGUGGCCACCGAUGGUGGUGGUUUGAAGGGUACGGGUACGGCAUCGAUUAAGGUUAAGGAUCUGAACGAUAUGCCGCCCCGUUUCACCAAGGACGAGUGGUUUGUGGAGGUGGAAGAAACGGAUGGUAGUGUGCUGCCCGAGGCACCCAUCCUAACCGUAACCGUGAACGAUGACGAUGAGAUAAACAACUUCCAGUACAAGAUCAUCGAAAGCAGUGGCUACGGAGCGGACAAAUUCGCGAUGGUAAAGAAUGCGGACGGAACCGGCAGUUUGAAGGUGGUACAACCGUUAGACUACGAAGACCCGAUGCAGAUCAAUGGGUUUCGCUUUCGGAUACAGGUCAUCGACAACGAAGGGAUAGACGAGAGCGACAAGUACCACGUCGAUCAUUCCUGGGUAAUUGUGAAGUUGAAGGACAUCAACGAUAAUACACCGCGCUUUAAGAAACCCCACAUUGAAGCGGCCGUUUACGAGAACGCGGAUGUUGGGAAAAAUUUAGGCACUUUCAAAGCAGUCGACAUCGAUAAGGGUGGCAAAAGUAAGAUCACCUACAGCAUUAAUCGUUCAACGGAUCGGAAGCGUCAGUUUGCCAUCAACCAGGAAGGUUCGGUAACGAUCCAGCGUGAACUGGAUCGGGAAGCAAUGUCGAAACAUGCGCUAGAAAUUCUCGCCACCGACGAUGGUACACCGCCACGCACCGCAUCCGCCAUCUUGACCGUGGUGGUGAAGGACAUCAACGAUAAUGCGCCAGUGUUCGCGGAAGAUUACCGGCCUAUUUUGCUCGAAAACUCACCACCGUCAAAAAUUAUUGAAAUAUCCGCAGUCGAUAAGGACGAUCGGCUUAAAGGUAAUGGGCCACCGUUCCAGUUCCGCAUGGAUCCGGAUGCGGACGAUGUGAUUCGCACAUCCUUCAAGGUGGAGCAAAGUAAUAAAGGCGAUGGUAUGGCCAUCAUAUCGUCCCUGGGAUCGUUCGAUCGUGAGUAUCGCAAACAGUACACGAUCCCGAUCGUUAUCAAAGAUUCGGGAACACCACCACAGACCGGUACCAGCACGCUUACGAUCACAAUUGGCGAUUUGAACGAUAACAUUAUGCAGCCCGGUUCGAAGGAAGUCGUCGUGUACAAUUACCAGGGUCAGGCCCCGGACACACCGAUCGGGCGUGUGUUUGUGAACGAUCUGGAUGAUUGGGAUACUUCCGACAAGUUGUUCUACUGGGACGAGGCAGAGAAUCCACGCUUCAAGCUAGACGACACGUCCGGCAUGGUGACGAUGAGACGUGGCGCACGUGAAGGACGCUAUAAGCUACGGUUCAAGAUAUACGACCGUAAGCACGCGCAGGAAUCGCACGCUAACAUGUCGGUGGUGGUGAAACACAUCUCGUACGAAGCGAUCGUCAACUCGGGCUCAAUCAGGCUGAUCGGCAUCACGGAUGAAGAUUUCAUACGAAUCUGGAACUAUCGCACACAAAACAUCUUCCGCAGCAAGUUGGAACGGUUCCGCGAGAAGUUGGCAGAGUUGCUGAACGUGGACGUCAAGAAUGUGGAUGUGUUUAGCGUGCAGAUGAAGGAUAAAUCCGUCCCGCUCACGGAUGUGCGGUUCGCUGUCCACGGUGCAUACUACUAUAAAGCAGUACAGCUGAACGGGGUCAUAUUGCUGCACAAGGAGGAAAUCGAGCAGGACGUCGGCAUUAACAUUACGAUGGUUAAUGUGGACGAAUGUCUGUUGGAGAAUGCUGACUGUGCCGGUUCCUGCACUAGCAUUAUCGAGGUCCAAACGAACCCCUGCUUGGUGAAUGCCAAUAAAACUGCCCUGGUUGGAGUGCAGAUUAACUCCACUGCGGAAUGUGUUUGUAGCUCGCGAGAAUACAAACAGCAACAAACGUGCAAAUCCCACCCAUGUCUAAAUGGGGGCCGCUGUACGGAUUCAAAGUCGGGCAUCAAGUGUUCCUGUCCGCCGGGCUAUACUGGGCCACGGUGUCAGCAGGUGGUGCGUAGCUUCCGUGGUAGCGGUUGGGCCUGGUACCCACCGCUCGACAUGUGUGACAAAUCGCACAUUAGCGUCGAAAUCAUCACAACGAAACCGGAUGGCUUAAUCUUUUACAACGGACCUAUAACUCCACCGAAGGAGGACGAUACAACGAAACAGCUGUCGGACUUUAUCGCACUCGAGCUUGAGCAGGGUUACCCGCGCUUUCUCAUCGACUAUGGUUCCGGUACGCUGGAACUACGCAUCACAACAAAGCAUCCACUAAACGACGGUGAGUGGCAUCGUAUCGAUCUGUUCUGGGACACGGAACAGGUUAAAAUGGUGGUCGAUUUUUGUAAAACAGCCGAAAUCACCGAAGCCGACGAUGGCAAUCUGGUGGAGUUUGUGGACCAUACCUGUCAAGCGCUUGGCAAGGUGCCACAGUUCAACGAAUAUCUUAAUCUCAACACACCGCUCCAGAUCGGUGGUGUCUUUAGGGAUAAGUUCGAUUACACGUACAACCGUUGGCAGUACAUGCCGGUUGGGGUCGGCUUUGAGGGAUGCAUCCGGGAGUUCAAGCAUAAUGGCAUUCUGUACGAUAUGUCUCAUCCGGGACUUUCGAAGGGUAGUGCACCGGGAUGUCUGUACACGCAGGAGGUGUGCGAUCUUAAUCCACAGGUUGCUCGGUGCUUGGAGCAUGGCAAGUGUGUUGGUAGCUACGACGAAGCCAAGUGUGAGUGUAAUCCUGGUUGGACGGGAACCUACUGCAGCUUGCCUACAACUCCGACCACGUUCAAGACGCAUAGCUACGUCAAGUAUGCGCUCAGCUUUGAGCCGGAUAAGUUCACGACUCAGAUUCAGCUGCGAUUCCGUACGCGCGAAACGUACGGCGAACUGUUCCGCAUCAGCGAUCAACAUAUGCGCGAGUAUGGCAUUAUCGAGCUGAAGAAUGCAAAGGUUUAUUUCCGGUACAGCUUAAAUACGGGCCAGGUGGAUGAGCAGGAAGUGGCCCUAACGGCGGUCGAGGUAGACGAUGGACAAUGGCACGUGGUGAAGGUGCAACGUUACGGUUCUGCCGCUAUACUGGAGCUCGACGGUGGUGAGGGAGCCAACUUCAACCAGAGCUUUUCCUUCGACGGUCAUCAGUGGUUGUCGGUGAACAAGCAGGAGGGUGUAUUUGCUGGAGGCAAACCGGAGUUUACCGGUGUAAAGACGUACGAUGUAAAAUCUGACUAUCAGAAGAGUUGCAUCGAUGAUAUUAGAUUGGAUGGUAAAAGCUUACCACUUCCACCAGCCACCAAUGGUACGCAGUGGGGUCAGGCCACGAUGGCAAAGAACAUCGACCGGUACUGCUCGUCCAACAAUCCCUGCCAGAACGCGUACUGUCCCGAUCCAUUCGAGUGUGUCGACCUGUGGAACAAGUACGAAUGCGCCUGCGGUGAUGGUAUGAUCAUAUCACCGGAAGGGAAAACCUGCAUCGACCGUAACGAGUGUCUGGACUAUCCGUGUCUGAAUGGUGGCACUUGCAUCAACCAGGAGCCCCGCCUGAAGUACAAGUGCAUCUGUCCGGACUCGUACUGGGGCGAGAGUUGUGAGUUUCUGAAGGAACGACAAGCGCUUAAAUUCAGCACCAGUGCCUUGGCCGCCGUAAUAGCCUGCCUAUUACUGAUCAUUAUUUUGCUGUUUGUAUAUUUCUCCUGCUCCCGGCGUCGUUCGGCUAACUUCAACAAGAAACCGGCCACCAAGGAUGACAUCCGCGAGAACAUUAUCAACUAUUGCGACGAGGGCGGUGGCGAGAACGAUAUGACGGCGUUCGACAUGAAAACGCUCAAAAUCCCAAUCGGUCCGCUGCCGGAGCUCGUCCAACAUAAGGCACCGCCAGUACGUCCAGAUAUUGCCGUCGUGUCCGACCAGGUCGUCGGCAAGGUGGACGUGUUCCUGGACGACCGGAAGCGACGCGUCGACAUCGACCCAGCCUCCGGGCCAUUCGACGAUCUGCGUAACUACGCCUACGAAGGUUGUGGGAGUACCUCUGGCUCGCUAAGUUCCUUACAGUCAGGUACGGACGAUGAACCCCAUGAGUAUAGCUUUUUAACCACAUGGGGUCCCCGUUUCGAUAAGUUAGUCAAUAUUUACGAACCAAGCAAAGCGCAAAUCGAAGAUGACGAUGUUAGUUAAAAGUAGCUGUCUCGCGGCCCAGGUGUCUAGGUCUAAUCCGCAGGUCCGUGUUGUGUGUCGCAUCGUUUUAGUUUUGUUCGGCCAGGCCCGCAGGUACGAUACCGAUGAUGCGCAACACGGCUCCGUUGUAGAUACAAAGCGUACAGUUUUGCGAGCAUAGCGAAGAAACAAAGAAACAAAGAAACCAAAACCAAUAGUCGUAUACAUACAAAUAUAUUAUAUUUUCCUUAUUGAAAACGUUCCCCAUUCACGUGGGAAGUCGGGAACGGAGGCUAGCAGGUUCUCGCGUAGAUAUAUUCUCUGUAAAAAAAUACAUUUAAAAAAUCCCCAAAUUACUCAUUAACGGCACGCAAUCGAACGAUCUCCAUUCGUGGGGAACGAAAGGGGAAAAAGCAAACAGUGCUGCCCCGAAAGUCGGACCGCCAAUAGUGUUACCGUUUGCAAAUGGGGCAAAUAGAUAAGGACAUAUUGAAAUCGAUUUUAUUAACUUCCAAUAAACCGUUCGUUACGGUAAAGGUGCAUAAUGCAGAUUAGAAUGAUAUGAUCAUGCGUGGACAUUAAAUGUACGCCAUGAUUUGACACCACUGCAUUCGCUCUCAUAAUGUGUACCGUAAAUAAUGUAAAUACUGCAUGUAAAAAAUUUAACUCAACUAUUCGUCUCGUGCAAAUAUACUAGCUCCAUACACCCGGGUUAACCGGGCAAAACUGGAGAAUGAUAAAUGAGUGUUCUUUAUGAAAGGACGUUACGAAGGAUGCUCCACCAAGGUGAAGAAAAAAAAAUCAACAUGGGUGAUGGGUGGGUGAAUUAGCUAAUGGGGUAUGGGGAUGAGAUUUUUUUUAUAAAAAAUAUUUUAUCAUCCAUUUGCAUAAGUGUGUAUCGGUGUGUUCCUUCGAAAGGAUGGAGAAGCUAAUGCGAAUGGAAUGCUGGUGUUGCGUGGGAAUCAUAAAGAAACGUGAUCGAUGGAUGGUUAAUCCUUAGAAACUCCACACUAAAACCCACAAGAUGUAACAAAUCGAUCAAACGUUGAUGUUGUUUUAUUGUUCUUGUUUGUUUGUGUUGCUCAAAUGGUAUAUAGAACGAACGUGUGUUGGAUACCAAUACAUACACAAACACAAAAUCCUAGAACAUGAAAUGGACUGCAUUUCAUAAGCUGUAUGCACUUCUUUGAAGCGCACCAUUCAAAAGGUUCAUAAACCAUUAAAAGACAGACGCUUCAAAAGCAAACUAAUCUGCUGGUCAACAGUUCAUCUAACGCGAUGGUCAGCUGAUAGAGCAAAUUUAGCAAAAACGUAAUUUACCAAAAAACCCCCAUUGAAACAACCCCACGAGGAAAUAGUGAAUCAAAAUGAAAAUUAUAAAAAAAACACACACACACAAACAAACAGCAAAACAAAGCUCGUCCAGAAGCGAACGAAAAGCCACAAAUAGUCAAACAUUUACGAACAAAACUCUAAACUCAAUCAGAAAAGGAAGGGAAACAAAAAACGCGGGGACAAAAGCUCAAAACCCGGUACAUUUUACAAGCAAACACACUCACCAAAAAUGCCGGACAUCCUGCUCUUGGUGGAGUGAAAACUUUUUUUUCUUCAACUUCGGCGAACUGCGGCGAACAGAAAAGAACACUGCGCCGAGCUAUUCACAAAAGCCAAGCUCUUUAUCAAAAGAAAGCGCACCGUUCCAACUUAGAUGGGUUUCUGGUUUCUUUCGAAGUUUUCUUUUCUUUUUUCUUUAGUGUUUAGUUUUUGUUUGCAAAGAGGGAGAGUGAAAACCCUUCCACAGCGAGUCAGUUUCAGUGUUUUGUUCUUCCUAAGGUUCGCUUUUAGCUGACCGUUAGUGAAAAGCGAGUGAAUACCACCCCGAAAGGAAGGUCAGUGGCUAGAGCACAUCGUCGGGUGUAUGGUGGAUCCGAACCGAGCCAAAUCUCUUUAAACAUUCCACCGUCGUGCUGUACCCUCCUCGUUCCGGCCGUUUUCCACACCAACAACCUGCCUGGAAAACUUUACAUUUUCCGCCCGCCCUUUCCCAAAUUGCCAUUCACGAACGCAAACCGAUGGUAACUUAAACCGAGCCACUCGGCUAACAUCGGCAUCGGGUGAAGGAUCAAUGGAAAUUGUGCCAUUUUACAACAAAAAAAAAACACGAGACAAAUGAAGCCACUCACUCGUGCAUCAAGAAUAACUUGUGUUUUAUCAAUUACGAUGAACGUUCCAAUCACUGAACGGUGCAAGCAAUGGUGGAUGGAUGACGGCAUAUACGGCAGGAAAUGGGGUUCUAUGUGGCAAUGGAUCAAAAGCGGAUCAUCCUCGUGCUGGAAUAUGAAGAAGAUGAGCGAUACGAACGAGCUUCUGUUUACCAAUUUGAAGCGUUUAUUGAGCGAACGUGCAGAACAUCAGCACAGUACGUGUCUGCCGCAGUGCAUAGAAUGAAUGCAAUGGAGCUGCAUUUUGCUGCAAUGCAUUUUCUGUCCCCUUUUUUCCGGCGCAACUGAAAGGAUUUCGGUUUCGGUGUGUGUCUAGAAUGGUGCGUUGUUUUUUUUCUUACUUUCAUUCUUUCUUUACUGAAUGAAAAGCAAACGAUGAAAAGAUUGUUAGAUGUUAUCGGACGUGUUAGGAGAGGGGGGAGGGAGGUUCGUUUCUUUUAUCCCCCACCCACCCCGCCAUCCUGCUUUGUUCUGUUUGAGCAUGAAUUUACAUACUUUAUCAGAUUAUCGAACCGAAUGAAUCCCGCCAGUGACCGACGGGUUUAAGUUUGUGUUUGUUUUGUUGAUCUGCAUUGAUAGGUGUUCCGUGUGGAAGGAAACCUUAGAUUUAUAGAGAUCGCCAACAGUAAGUAUUUUAUUUUAUGCCGAACAACCACACUAGCUGGAAUAGAAGAAUUAUUGAUUUUUAAUGCUGUUAUGCAUCCUUCUACGAACUUUUGCUGCUUCUUGGUGUACUCAUAAGCAGAUUUCUCGGAAAGGAUAAGAGCAUCGAUGGAAUCCUUACAAAUAAAAGUAUAUUUGUUUGCUUUUCUAGUUAGAUAUCUCGAGGAGGAUAUCUCGAGCUACUCGAGGAGGUUUCUGUUUAUUUUUUUUUUCGAAAAGGAUUGUUAUUCGGUUCCCCGAACAAGUUCGAACCAAGUUGGAUACUUGUUCGGAAAGCAUACAAAAAUGCCAGUGGGUAGCAAAGAAGUAACGAGCGCUCGGAACCGUUUCUGGGUUAUUUACGAUACCUGAUUGAAGCGCAAACAUAGUUGAUUCAUCUAAUUGUGUGUGUGUAUGUAAAACGAGUUGGAGGGAAUUGUAAUAUAAAUAAAAUAAAAAUCGAUAAGUGUAGUAUCUGCAGCAAGGAACAUAAAUCAAAAACCAAUCUUCAUCCGGUUGCCGCCGGGAUGAUCGCAAAACGAAAAACUCGAAUGCAAUUCGACUGUAAUUGAUCACUUCGAUCGGUAGGACAAAAAAAAGGAAGAAUGAGCAGAGUGAGAAAGUGCAAGAUUCAAAUCAAAAUGAAAUAGUACAUACGAAACAUGAAAGUGUAGUGUCCAAUCAACUAAACCAAGCAACAAAAAAAGAAAACAGGCCAUAAGCGGACUAUAAAUGGAUUAUAUAUAAAACGAUAACCAAAAACAAACAGAACAACAGAAGAAAUACAACAAAAAGGAAGAAAAAAAAUCAGCAUUUAAAACGAUGCCGGUACUAUAUUGAAACAAAACACUCCACUUCAUUGGGUUUGUGAGACAUAUUUUGUUUUUUAGGUUUUUAAGUAAAUUACAAACAAAUGGGAUAAAACCCACUUGUUUGGUGAGCAAAAAAAAAACGAGAAAGAAAAAAAAUCAAACAAAAACCAGUCACAAGAGAGAUGUGAAAAUCGUACGUUGUAAAGAUAAGAGUUUAAUAAAAAACUAUUAAAUACAAACCAAA